AUGGACUUGCAAACGUUUUGUGUUGAAAUUCGCGACCGUAUAGUUGGUAGUAUAGAAGUAUUGGUGUACGAAGGGUAUACUGAAGUGGCCACAUCGAGGGAGGGAUUUCGAUCUGAAAACACGGAAAUAGUAUUAUCACAAGAGAUGCGGUUUGACAACAUAGAAAAGUUUGGAAGAGGAAAACACAUCAGCACGACUGAAAUAUUUUUAACGGAAACUGUUGUAGUGUUAACAUACAACAGAUUGAAAGUACUAAUAUUCAUGAAGCCCGACUCGAAUAUUGGAUUGAUCUAUUCUCUCCUCCCUUCCAUUUCUACCGUGUUUUCUUCAAUUGAUCUUUAA